AUGGGAAACAAGUUGAGCAGCAACGUAUCCGAUGCAGUUAAGCAGCAAGCAACUGGCGGCUCAGGUCAAGUGGUCAUCUACCAGCUGGCAGACGUCAAAGGCGGUGGACAGCUUAUUGAAAUCAUGAAAGAAGCCAAAAAAACUAAAAACUACGAAAAAGCCGAUUCACUGAUAAGAGAAAAGCUGAAAGCAUUUGUGUACAAGAACGGCGAAGGAGCCCGUGUGAGCUCGUCAACCCUCAACAAAAUAAGGAUAGGCCUCCUAUCCCACGUUCUCGAAUUUGAUCAGUACAUCAGCUAUCGGGAAAAUAUUCAAAAAGAAAUUGGGACUAACAAUAAUAUAUGUUCAGAAGGCAAUAGUUACAAGAAGGUGUGUUGGAGGUUGGACGAAAGAGGCAGCUUGGGGGAGACACCACUGCACGUCUGCUUCCUGAACGCAACUCCAACUCAUGCAGAACUGGCAAAAAGAUUGCUGGCCAUCUAUCCCAAUCUCAUCAACGAUGUUUACGUUAAUGAUGAGUUUUACGGAGAAAGUGUGCUGCACAUGGCGAUAGUGAACGAGGACCCGGCCAUGGUGAAGUACCUGCUAGACAGAGGAUCGGACAUGCACCAGCGAUGUUCAGGAACCUUCUUCUUGCCCGACGACGUCAAAGGUUCCUGCGUGGCAAGCGAAACAAUCAUUCAACUUUCAAAAAAUAAUCAUAUCCGUAACAACAGGCAUACGUAUUGGGGCGAAUAUCCAUUGUGUUUUGCAGUUUGUCUGGGCCAGGAAGAAUGUGUCCGCCUACUCGUGGCGAAGGGAGCUGAUGUGAACAAACAAGAUUCCUUUGGAAACACAGCGCUGCACAUUGUCGUUAUUCAUUACUAUAAGGACAUGUAUGACUUGCUUGUUAGCAUGCACGCCAACAUAAACCUGAAGAACAAACAAGGCCUCACUCCUCUUACAUUGGCUGCUAAGUUGGGUCACAUCGAGAUGUACCAGCACAUCAUGCAGACUGACAGAGAAGUGUACUGGACUUACGGCAACGUGACUUGUGCUGGCUACCCACUGGAUCACGUCGACAGCAUCUCAGAGACUGGCCACAUCAACAGCAAGUCGGUCCUCUACUUGGUCGUGUUUGGGAAAAAACCAGAACAUCUGGAUAUGAUAAACGGAGCAUUGGAACAAUUGCUGAACGAAAAAUGGAAAACAUUUGCUAAAGCUAGAUUUUUCCGUCGUCUGAUAUUUUUCUUGUUGUAUUUCACGGUGGCUACUGUUGCAUUCUCCCUGAGACCAGGCACCGUCAUCCCGUCUUCUCCCAUCAAAUCCAACAGCUCACAGAUCUCUAAAUAUCACUCAGAUUAUGAAAACGAGGUAACGAGUAGGAGGGUUGAUGUCUCCUUUUGUCAUUUAAACAAGCUGGAUAGUUACCUGGCGAUGGAAUAUGAAGGAGGAGUUGACGAGAAGGCAAUGCGUAUGGUUACAAUCCAUUACGUCGAUCCGUGCUAUCAGAUUCAAAUUCAAUCUUCCGUUGACAUUGCCAGGCUGGUGUUUGAAGUUCUGACUGUGAUAGGAUCUCUCAUCUACAUCAUUUUUGCUCUGAGGGAGUUGCACUUCCAGGGAUGCAAAAACUUUUUUACAUCUCAGAAAACAUCACCAACGAAGACACUGUUUCUCCUCUCGAACAUGAUCAUCAUCGCCAUGGUUCCCUUCACUGGGGCAUGCUCCUACAGAGCGACAGAUUGCAUGGCUGUCCUUGCCUUACUCUCCACAGGGCCAUACUUCUUGUUCUUUUGCAGAGGCUCCAAGAUAGUUGGUCAGUUUGUGGUGAUGAUCUACUGGAUGAUCAGGAAGGACCUCUUGCGUUUCUUCUCCAUCUACCUCAUCCUUCUCGUUGGAUUCUCACAAUCGAUGUUCAUAAUGUUCCGGGGCUACGAUAAUCCUGCCUUUUCUGCCCCUCUGGAAUCCAUAGUUGGAAUGUUUCGCAUGUCUAUUGGAGCCUUUGCCGAAAUGUAUUCAAAGUUCGAGACGAAUCACUUUUUGAAUGAAUGGAAUCAGGUGAUAUUCAUAGUGUUCAUGAUCCUGGUGGCACUGCUACUCAUCAACAUGUUGGUGGCCAUGAUGGGACACACGUACGAUUGUGUCAACCAAUCGCAGAGGGAAUGGAUGAGACAGUGGGCCAAGAUAAUCUUAGUAAUCGAAGAGACGAUAACGCCAGAGUCUCGCCGGAAGCAGCAGAUCAAAUACUCGCAAGAAAUGAGAGAUGGAAGAAGAGCGCUGGCCAUCAGAUGGAACGACAAGGUAGGUGGUUCGAAUACAAACUAA